AUGGCGGCACUUUCGAUAUCAUCGCUGGCUUCCUUUUUCUCUGAUGAGCAGAAGUCCUUAACAAGAGGUGAAAAUCAUUAUCAGUCUAAUCACAUAGAAAGUUUUUCCUUCAGUGAUGGUGUCAUUCGUGGAGAAGUUCACGCUAGCAUGAAGAAAAAAGUGUAUAAAGUGACGGUAAGUGAUCGAUACUUUCAACCAUGUUGAUUCUUGUCGAUUCUAUCAACCAAAUGGCUUUUAUGCAUUUUGUGGCUUCACUCAGUCAUGUUGAUCGUUAUUAUAUCUAAUACAAAUAUUUAAAAGAAAGCUUAAUCCACGAUUUGGAGGCCUAAACGCAACCGACGGUACCUCGCUCUGUUUUUUAUGUUGAAAGGUAAUUUCACCACGUUCCCCAUCAUGAGUUAAGCUUUAAUAUAUGAAAACUUACAAACGCCUUACAGUUCCCCAAAUAAUACCAGUUUUCUCCGCGAUUUUAGAUUUAUUUAGAGGAAGAGAAGAACAUUAAAUCAACGGAUUGUGAGUGUCCGCGAGGGAUGUUUAGGUGUAGUCAUGCUGUCGCUUUGUUUAUACAUGGCCUAUACAACCUCAGUAGAACAGACAUUGAAUGCCAGUGGAAAAAGCGAAAAGCCACAAACUCGUUGCUGCCGUCAGUGCAAGAAAUGUUUCCUCCUGCAAAACCUGCAUACCGUGCUCUUUUAAGAGACCCAACUCGUGAAGAACGUAGUGAACUUUUCCAAAGGCUGAAAAACUAUGGUAAAUUUACUGGACUUUAUUGGCUCAUGAGCCCUGAACCACAGACUCAGUCUAAGUCCUUGCCAGUUGCUACAGUAGAGGAUGUUAUUUUCCAAGAGGAAUUUCUACUGUUGCAAGGCCUCCAAGAACAACGUCAGUAUUUUCUGAAUAAAGUCAGUGUUGAAUGGAGAACUAUUGAAGAUGUAAGCCGCCUUACUGCUGGACAAAGGGACAAUCCUUCUUGGCAAAUGAUCAGGAGGGGUCGACUGACAGCAAGUAACUUUGGUUCAGUUUUAAAUGCCAAGCGUGUUACCCCGUCCUUAAUCAAACGCCUUCUCGGUGAAUACGAUCUAUCAAGGGUGAAAGCUGUCCAGUAUGGGUAUGCAAUGAAUCUGAAGCCAUUAACGCAUUCAGGCUCAAGACUGGCCUGGAUGUGGUGGAAACAGGUGUGUGGCUACACCAUUCUGGAGUCCUCGGUGCCUCUCCUGAUGGAUUGGUUGGAGAAGAUAGUGUUCUAG